GAUUACAAGUACUGGCUCAAGAAUGCCACACUGAAACUUAUUGAAGGGUUCCUUCGUUGGUACCUUGAGAACCAUCACGUCAUGUACCAAUCAGGCUUUCUGGUCUUUGUACGAUACUGGGGAGUGUUUUGGUGCGAGGAAAUGGACCGCCUCUUUCCUUAUGACCUAAGACGGAAGAUGACGAAUCUAGUGUGCACCGCCCUUACUGAUGAGUACAACCUGGACCUGGGACCAAAGACACAGCCGUCAGUCAAUAUUGACGACCAUCUCUUCACUACCUACCAUCUCAUGGCUGUCAGUGAUGUACAUUUUUCUGUGAUAGGCUACGCCUAGAUCGGCACUCGGAGCAAGCCCUCGCAAGCACGUGACAAUUGGCUAGAUGCCCUGAACAGCAUCACAUUUGUGUUUAGUAACCCAUGUGAUGUGAUAUUGAAGAUUGUGGACAGAGCAGCCCUCCGUCAACGACCAUUUCGCGUGGCUGUUCC